UCCAGAUGUGCGAUGGAGAAAGUCACAGAGAUCUCAGGGCUAUGUCUUGUCUUCUUGACGCACUCUCACAAGCUCAAAUUUCUGCCGGAUGUGCCACAACUCUUCCAGCUGUCACUGCACUGCCUGCCUCUGUCGCUGGACGCAAGGACGGCGCCCGAUGAACGCACGGAUGGACACUUGGUCCACGGGGGAGAGGCGCUCGCUUGUCCUUUGCACCUCUGAUCUGUGCCUCAAGGAAAUAUGGUGAGUAAAGAGGACAGCAAAUGCAUGGUUGCGUCAGACCUCGAUGAUUCCGAUUCAGACACGGGCCUCGAUGCACAGCAGGUGAAGAAAAAAAAUAAGGCCUUGCAGGUGCGCUUUAAGGAUAUCUGUGAAGCACAAAAUGAGUUCAAAGUAAAACACAGGAGAUCCAUUUCUUGUAAAGUGACACACCGACAGUACUUGACCAUGCCGGCCAGACGAUCCAUCCCGAACGUGACAAGGAGCACGGGUGUGCAGACAUCGCCGGACCUGACUAAACGAUACAAGACUUUUCCCUUUGAGAGGAAAAAAGGACACACGUUUAAACACGCCGCUUUAGUGGAAGAUUACAGAGGACAAAACAAUGGCUUUUUGAGCGAUAUAAAAGCAGUCGGAGAGGACGGGCAACCCAUCGGGGUAUCUUCAAAGUGCAAGGGUAAAAUUGUGGGACAGACCAAAGCUUUGCUUCAUCACACUGAUGAUAUCAGCGAUACGGAGGAUUUGAUUUGCGACGCCAACUGUGUGGACGGACCCUCUUGUACAGAGUCGCAUUUGUCACAAGAAUCCCGUCUGAGCGACCCUUCAUCCAAAAGUGAACUGGACCACCAGGAUUGCCGGACAAGGACCAAACACAAAGGAUUAGCCCGAGAAGAUAUGGAUGCCGGCGGGUCCUCCAAGCGCCAGCUGGCUACCUCUGAGCUCGCACAGGAGCGCUCAAAGGGCCGGGGCCCUGUUGCGUGGAAUUCUUUAACCCAAGUGGAGUCUUUAGGAAGCCCCUCAAAGGCUUGUAAAAGAAAGAAAGGACCGCAGUUGAGCGAGGAGCAGUCACAGACGCUUCCCCACAGCGCCAAAUGCUCGGCGCAGUCACAGUCACAAGGACAGUGUCGGACGAGGCACGUGCCGGCGUCCUCCAAACUGCAGCGGACGCCGGGGACGGGAGAGGGCUUUCCCUCGGGAAAUACCGGUGCUGCGGGCGUGGGCGGCGGCCGGCAGAUAAUUCCCUUAUCUGAUGACAAGGAUAUCAAAGCACAGCUGCAGGUGAUGGAGACGCUUAUCAACUCCAGCCAAGAGACCAUCAAGGUCCUGCUUGGAGUUAUUCAGGAGUUGGAGAAAGGUGAAGCACAACGAGAGGGGCUCACCUACCGAACAGGGCAAGACACGGCAAACUGUGACACUUGUCGAAACAGCGCAUGCAUCAUUUACAGUGUGGAGCUGGACUUCAAGCUGCAGGAGGACAAGCUUCAGCCCCUGAUGAAGAGACUUUGCCCCCAGGACAGCCAACAAUGUCCCACCCUGCCUUACUCCAACGAAGUCUUCACAUCCACUCCCAAGCGCAAAUCCAAGUCUGACUCUAAGAAGCACGCCCGCUGGAAACUGUGGUUCCUUUGAACAGAACAUGAAUGCUUCGGAAACGGCCUUUUAUCGGGCGCACUAAUACCCCAUGCUUGUCUCGAAAAUGGAUAAAAGAAUAUUCUGGAGGAAGGAAUCAAGCCAAGAGAAUGGAUAACAGUACAGUUUAAGAACUGUUCAUUUUUGGGGUUCUGAGCCGAGACUGCACGUCAAGUCACC